UCUAAGCCUACCUAAACACCCUAAUUCUUUAAAGGCAACUUGAGCCUAAUGGAUCCUUCUCAGAUCAAGAAGAUUCAAGCCAUGAACAAGUACAAGAAGCGUCAAUUCCUGGAUAAUUUGUAUUUCUAUUUCUUGACAGCCUUAACUUGCAGUCUAUUCUGUUGUAUCACUCUCUGCCUACCCUACCUUUCUUCUCUGGUCAGGGUCUUUUUCUUGGUUUACUAUGAAGAGUACAUUAAGAGCAAACAAACAAAAAAGCUUCAGAUUCAAACCCUUGAGAUCAACAAAGCUAAAACAUUUGAGAAACAUGUUGCAGAGAAUGUGGACAUGACAGGAGUGGGUGGACUGAACAAACUGGACUUAAAGGGCAAAGGGUGGGUUAAGAAAGCUACAGAAGAUUGGCCAGCCAAAGAGGAGAACAAUCUAGAUGGAGAAGACCAACAAAGUUUGUUUUCUUCUUCUGAUGAAUUGAACAAAAGGGCUGAUGAUUUCAUUGCAAGAGUCAACAGGCAGAGGAGGCUUGAACUUAGCCUUAUGCAAUAUGGUAGUUAUUAAAUUGUACAAGAGUUUUCUAGCAAUAAUGCCUCUGUAAGAUGCAGGUUAACAGAGUCAUUGAUGGAAAAAUAAAAAUCAUUAUUAAGUGCUUAAUGGUAGAGUUAACAAGUUUUGAUCAAAAUCUUAUCUUAUCAAACAAAAAUAGUCUUGUUCGGUCCAGGAAAUACCGUAUAGUAUGCACUCAGAGAUAUUGUAUAAUCAGAUUUAUAUUAAGUUUAUAGUCGAUAUUUCAAUCACUGCGCACAAACAAUAGGCUUAUAGCCAAGAUGUGAGUGUGUGCACAGUGUUGGCAAUAAUAGUAA